CGACGGCAACCAAUCAACGGGCAUUGAACUAGCGUCACUGAACGUUAACCCGCCAUUCUCUCGGCGCCAUUUUGAGCAUAUGAUCAUUGUUGUGAAGCUCCGUGUGUAAAUUGUGUUUAAUUUCGUUGAAUCCCUGCAAAUCAUUGUAAAAGCUAAAAAUGGCACGUACCAAGCAGACUGCUCGUAAAUCCACGGGAGGAAAGGCUCCUCGCAAACAGUUGGCCACCAAAGCCGCGCGUAAAUCGGCGCCAAGCACUGGUGGAGUCAAGAAGCCCCAUCGUUACCGCCCUGGUACCGUGGCUCUUCGUGAAAUCCGUCGUUACCAAAAGUCUACCGAGUUGCUCAUCCGCAAGCUGCCUUUCCAGCGUCUCGUGAGAGAAAUUGCUCAGGAUUUCAAGACUGAUCUGCGUUUCCAGUCUGCUGCCAUUGGCGCUCUCCAGGAAGCGAGUGAGGCUUACCUCGUCGGCCUGUUUGAGGACACCAACUUGUGCGCUAUCCACGCUAAACGUGUGACCAUUAUGCCUAAAGACAUUCAGCUGGCCCGACGAAUCCGUGGAGAACGCGCUUAAUUAAGUCAUAGUGUAUUUUACUAUAAUUUAUAUGUAAUUCAAUUAAUAUUAAAUUCCAUAACAUUUUUCUAUAACAUCUCACAUGUAACUUGUCUUUUAUUAACAUUCAUAACUAUAUUUGUAAGUGGCAGAACUGAAUUUUUUUAUACAUACAUUCUUAUUGUGUAAGUUUACUAUGUGUUCGCAUUAGAUACUGGGGUGAAUGUUAGGCGACAAUGAGUUUACAAUUUUAUUGUAAUUUUUUCUUGAUAAUUUUGAUGCAAGAUACGGUUACAGUAUCAUGUGCGAGGCAGUAGUUUUAUUUUUAGUGACUGUAGCUCUAAUUAGUGUAAAAGGCAAUGUCGUUGCUGAGACAGUAUGAGAAUUCAUAGCAGUAAUUUGAUGCACUUAAUGUAUGUGUAAUGAGAAAACUUGGUGUUGAUUAAAUAUAAUUAGAAUCUA